AGUUCACUUCAGCACUUUGGCAUGACGAAGCAAGUUACUGCAGGCAGAGUGACGUCACAUCCCUGCAGAUUCACGAAGAUGAGUUAUUUGGAAGAAGUGGAGGACAGACCAGAGUCCCCAGUGUCCAUCUGUCUGCCUGUGAAAAAUGACCAAAUUAAAGAUGAACCUCCACUCUUCAGUAAUGAACCUGGACCUUCACAUACAAAACAGAGAGCAAAGUCUCCAGGAUCCGUCUGUCUGUCUCUGAAGAGUGACUGGUCUGUAAGGAAUCCUCCACUCUUCAGUAAUGAACCUGGACCUUCAGACACAAAAGAGGAGAAGGAGGAGCAGCUGUCCUGCUGUGCUCUGUGUCAGGAUGUCCUGAAGGAUCCAGUCUCUUCCAGCUGUAGACACUGGUUCUGCAGUCAGUGCGUCACCUCAUACUGGGACCAGUCUGCUUCAUCAGGAGACUCCUCCUGUCCCCAGUGUGGAGACGGAUCCAGAACAGGCAGUCACACCAGCACUGUACAAACAGAUGUUGGUCUGCAGGAGGUUUUAGACGAACAUAAGAUCAGUCUGAAGAGCAGAUGUGAACGUGUGACUGAAGGAACUAAUGAAAGAGGAAGUGAAACCCUCCUAAACAGGAUCUACACUGAGCUCUACAUCACAGAGGGACAGAGCGAAGACGUUAAUACCCAACAUGAGGUGAGACAGCUUGAGACAGCGUCCAAGAAGAAGACCCUCCAGGACACUCCAAUCAAGUGCCACGACAUCUUUAAAGCCUUACCUGACCAACAGAAACGCAUCAGAGUCGUUCUGACGAGCGGCGUCGCUGGCGUUGGAAAAACCUUCACGGUGCAGAAGUUCACUCUGGACUGGGCCGAGGGUUUGGAGAACCAGGAUGUCAGUCUGGUGGUUCUGCUUUCGUUCAGGGAGCUGAACUUGAUCAGAGAUGAGCGGUUCAGUCUCCUCUCGCUGCUCCAUGUUUUCCAUCCGACAUUACAGAAGGUCACAGCAGAGGAGCUCGCCGUCUGUAACGUUUUGUUCAUCUUUGACGGCCUGGACGAAAGCAGACUUUCUCUGGAUUUCAACAACAGUGAGGUCGUAUCUGAUGUCACACAGACGUCAUCAGUCAACCUGCUGCUGACAAACCUCAUCGAGGGGAAUCUGCUGCCCUCGGCUCUGGUCUGGAUCACUUCCCGACCCGCGGCAGCCGAUCAGAUCCCUCCUGCACGUGUUGACAGGGUAACAGAAGUACGAGGCUUCACCGACGCCCAGAAGGAGGAGUACUUCAGGAGGAGAGUCGGCGAUGAAGAGCUGUCCAGCAGAAUCAUCUCACACAUCAAGACAUCCAGGAGCCUCCACAUCAUGUGUCUGAUCCCAGUCUUCUGCUGGAUCACGGCUACAGUUCUGGACCACAUGUUGACCACAGAGCAGAGAGGAGAGCUGCCCAAGACCCUGACCGACCUGUACUCACACUUCCUGCUGGUUCAGACAAAGAGGAAGAAGCACAAGUAUGAUGAGACGAGUCCACGGGAGCUGACGGAGGCUGACAGGGAAGUUGUUCUGAAGCUGGGGAGGCUGGCGUUUGAACAUCUGGAGAAAGGAAACAUCAUGUUCUACCAAGAAGACCUGGAGCGAUGUGGUCUGGAUGUCACAGAGGCCUCGGUGUACUCAGGAGUUUGUACCCAGAUCUUCAGAAGAGAGAGCGUGAUCUUCCAGAAAACCGUCUACUGCUUCGUCCAUCUGAGCGUUCAGGAGUUUCUGGCUGCAGUCUACGUGUUUCACUGUUACACCAACAGGAGGACAGAGGUCCUGGAGGACUUCCUGGGGACAGACCAGUAUGAUUACAAAUCCCUGGAUGUCUUCCUGGAGAGAGCCAUGGAGAAAUCCCUCCAAAGUGAGAAUGGUCACCUGGACCUGUUUGUUCGCUUCCUUCAUGGCCUCUCUCUGGAGUCCAACCAGAGACUGUUGGGAGGCCUGCUGGGUCAGACUGACAACAGUCCAGAGAUCAUCCAGAGAGCCAUCAGAAACCUGAAGGAGAUGAACACGGACGAUAUCUCUCCUGACAGAAGCAUCAACAUCUUCCACUGUCUGCUGGAGAUGAACGACGACUCAGUCCAUCAGGAGAUCGAAGAGUUCCUGAAGUCAGAGACCAGAUCAGAGAGGAGACUCUCUGAGAUCCAGUGCUCGGCUCUGGCCUACGUGCUGCAGAUGUCAGAGGAGGUUCUUGAUGAGUUGGACCUGAUGAAGUACAACACAACAGAGGAGGGACAAUACAGACUGAUUCCAGCUGUGAGGAACUGCAGAAAGGCUCAACUCUCUGGCUGUGGACUCAGUGAGACUCACUGGGAAGUUGUGGCCUCAGCUCUGAAGUCCAACCCCUCUCAUCUGACAGAGCUGGACCUGAGCUGCAACGACCUGCAGGAUUCAGGGAUGAAGCAGCUGUGUGCUGGACUGGAGAGUCCAAACUGCAGACUGGAGACUCUGAGACUGAUGAAUUGCAGGUUGUUGGAGAUCAGCUGUGCUUCUCUGGCCUCAGCUCUCAAGUCCAACCCCUCCCAUCUGACAGAGCUGCAUCUGAGUGGAAACAACCUGCUGGAUUCAGGAGUGAAGCUGCUGUGUGGUUUUCUGGAGAGUCCAAACUGCAGACUGAAGACUCUGAGACUGAGUUCCUGCAGGCUGUCAGAGAUCAGCUGUGCUUCUCUGGUCUCAGCUCUGAAGUCCAACCCCUCCCAUCUGACAGAGCUGGACCUGAGCCUCAACGAGCUGCAGGAUUCAGGAGUGAAGCUGCUCUGUGAUUUUCUGGAGAGUCCAGACUGCAGACUGAAGACUCUGAGACUGAGUUCCUGCAGGUUCUCAGAGAUCAGCUGUGCUUCUCUGGCCUCAGCGCUGAAGUCCAACCCCUCCCAUCUGACAGAGCUGGACCUGAGUGACAACAAACUUAAGAAAUCAGAAGUGAUGCUGCUGUGUGACCUUGUGGAGAGUCCAGACUGCAAACUGGAGAUUCUGAGCCUCUAAGGAUCUCGGUCAGAGCGAGUGAUCAGAAAGGUGGACAUGUUGAGAGGAUCAGCUGAUGGUCCAGAGAGGCCGAAGCAGCAGCAUCAAACUGGUAUGGAGAGACUCGGACUGGACCAUGUUACUGGGAGGUGGAGUGGAAAUGACUCUCAGUGCUGCAGUCUAAUUAUUUUUUUCACUAUUCUUUUUUUGUUUUCUACAUUUUUUAUGUUAUUGUGUGA